UUAAGUCAACAUUAAACCAAAUUGCUCAGUUAUAAUCAUGAACUCUGUGUGCAGUAGGUCCAGCCACACCACAUGAAAACAAGCUGGCUGAAAUCCACAACUUCAGAGCAGACCACGCAACUUCUGAAAGAAGUCACCUCACUUACAAGAAAGUUACUUCUUCAUUUAUGAAGAAUUCAGAUGUCUCAUACUCGAUUUGCUUAUUCCCAACACAAUGAAGGAAAUGUCCUGCUUCUGCAUGACUUUUUCUUCCUUGUUGGAGCAGAUGGUGAAGGCUUACAAAUACAUGACUGGUAUUUUUUCAGUGACUCAUACCUCAGAGCAACAGGCUUCAGAUUGUGAUAAGCCGCCAACAGAGAUGGAUGUGAGCUUUCUUGAGGAGCAGUAUGACCAUAUAAAACAGAAGCAAAAACUGCAAUCACACGUUAUUGUUUUUAAAACAGGUGAACAUGAAUCUGUUAUCUCAGAAUCAAUGGUCAAUACUGUUAUAAUUAAUAAAAAAGUGAGAUCAAAGUCAUUUACAGAGCAUGCUCCUGUCAGAAAGGUCAGACUGGAGAUGACCAGCAGUGGCAACACACAAGACAACUCACUAUGGCAUACCCAUCUGGGAAUUCACCGUCUGGUGCAAGCCCCUUAUCAAGGAGUUACCCAGGAUGUCUCCCACUGCAAGAACGGCCUGUGUAACUUUGACAAACAAAGACUGAUUUCACAGGGAAACAGCACACUACAACCCAAGGAAUUAGAAGAAGCUAAUGAACUAUCUGCACCCAGUCAACUGAGAAGUUCAAGCAUGUUGAACAGUUUCAGUAAACAGAAUGGCAGCAGCAUUUCAAGCACCUGCCCAAAGCCUCCAAAAUCAGCCACUUCAGCAGUUUGGACACAUCAACACAUUUCUCCUACAAAAUGCACGUCAGCCUGCAAUAAACUGAACUUUUACCCUUUCCCUAAUAAAAAAGGGCCAAGAAUUUCUGAAGCAGCAAAGAGGCUUGGAUUAUAUGUCUCAGAAUGAAGACAUUCAGUAAUACAUAAGACUUAGCAAAAAAUUUGAAUGAAAAAUAGCCUUCCUACUUACACUGAUUGACUUGCUGAGGGCCUAUUACUUUUACUAGCCAAAGAAGAUCCUUACUACAUAAUCUGUUGUUUUAUAGUACAAUGUAAAAUGAAAUGUUCUUACAAAGAUGCUGGGCUGCAACGACAGAUACUCACUUCUGUUACUUGAAUCUUGAGAUACAAGAGCAAUUUCAUCUCUUUUUGUCUUUUUUUUCUCCUCCUCCUUUUCAGGUCACUGAUUCCAGAAACUAAGAUUUUAUCACAUCAAUAUCUGAAAUACCUGAAAGAGCUAUAGCAAAGACUAGUAGAACUACUGAUGAAGCAACCAGGAUAAAUUUCAGCAGAGUUAUAUUUACUUUAGACAAUAAACAACAAAUGAAACAGUAUUGAAGGUGAUUGGUGGACCUGAUGUAUGAUUUCAUCACUCACUUUCCUUAAGAUAUUGAAGAUAGGUUCUGAUGUGUGUAUUUUUAAAAUUAACAAAGAGAAUCCCCACUCAUUUCUAUUGUUUCAAUGGCAAUAAAUUAAUGGUUUAAUAGUAAA